GUAAAAUUCAACAAUACCGGUUAUUUUGGUGGACAAAGCUAUUCAAUACCCUACUACUAUAGUUAUUUGGAAAAGCUGUUAAGAUGAUUGUCGAUAGUCCUCAAAAAAUCAUAAGCUAUUAAGAAAAAGAUUACAGUUCCCGCCAAUAGUAUCAUUAUCAUCUCUAGCUUACUCCAAUUCAGUUUUUCUUUCAACGUUAAAUUAAAUUAAUGAGCAAAAUUAAAAUAAUUUUACUACAUUGAAAAUUUAGUGGUAUCAAAAAAAAAGAAGUAAAUUGAACGAAAUUCAUUUGGAACGAAACGGUGUGAACAUUACUUCAAGAAAUGAAUCUUCAACAUUAUUCUGAUCAAUUUAUCGAACUGAUUAAUGAAAACCAGUUCCCUCUAACAACAACAGCAAGUAAUAAUAUAUUUACUCUUACACUGACAAGUAUAGGGCCACAAUUUGCGCGGCAACAGAUGUCGCAGUAUGUCAAUCAAUCAGUUGUCGAUAAAGUACCUCGUGAGAUGCUUCAUCUUAUAAGUCCUCACUGGUAUCAAUUUCCACCGCUGUGGCCCGUUUGGCAUAAAUUAUUAGGCCUUGUUAUGAUUUGUAUUGGCAUUAUUGGCUGGGCUGGUAAUGGUAUGGUCGUGUACAUCUUUUUAGUUACUCGUAAUCUGCGAACACCAAGCAAUAUACUUGUUAUAAACUUAGCAUUUUCGGAUUUCAUAAUGAUGAUGAUGAUGUCUCCUCCAAUGGUUAUAAACUGCUGGCUUGAAACGUGGGCUCUUGGUCCUCUAAUGUGUGAUUUUUAUGCAUUGAUUGGAUCUUUGUGUGGCGGCGCUUCUAUUUGGACAAUGACUGCAAUCGCUUACGACAGAUACAAUGUGAUUGUAAAAGGCAUGAAUGCUACUCCACUGACAAUAUGUAGAGCCAUUACGCAAGUAAUAGUUAUCUGGACACAUGGCUUAUUGUGGGCUUUAUUUCCUCUCUUUGGUUGGAACAGAUAUAUCCCUGAAGGUAACAUGACAUCAUGCGGUACUGACUACUUAGGUGAUGAUUGGCUGGGAAGCUCUUACAUACUAGUAUAUUCAUUUUUCGUAUAUUAUCUACCACUAUUCAGUAUAAUUUGUUGUUAUUGGAAUAUCGUUUCCGCUGUAGCGGCUCAUGAAAGAGGAAUGAGAGAACAAGCAAAAAAAAUGAACGUUAGUUCUCUGCGUUCAGGAGAACAAAGUGGAGAAAGUGCGGAAGUAAAAUUAGCUAAAGUAGCAAUAACAACUAUAUCGUUGUGGUUUUUAGCAUGGACGCCCUAUUUGGUCACUAAUUAUUUAGGAAUUUUUUAUCGAAAAAAUAUUACCCCUUUAUUUACUAUAUGGGCAUCAUUAUUUGCAAAAACUAACGCUUGUUACAAUCCCAUUGUAUAUGCAUUCAGUCACCCAAAAUAUAGAGCGGCUUUAAAGGAAAAAUGUCCUUGCCUUAUUCUUGGAAAUAUUGAAGAAUCUAAACCACCUAAUAAACAAUCUACAGCCAAAGAAAUGGAUGCAGCAUCAGUUCAUAGCAAAGCUUAAUAUUAUUUUAUUCUAUUUCUAUAUGUGCACGUUUUCACUUAAA